AUUGCCUGACGUGCACGAGGUCCUUCCGGCUCAGGCAACCCAGACGCUACCAUGGAGGAUGGAGAUUGCGGAGAGCAGAGUUCCGGAGUGAUGGAGGGAGAUGCGGGGAGAGGCCGCCCACACAGCGACAGUGGGGAUGAUUCCCUGGAUACUCUGCUCACCCGCCUGCCCCUCACCCCAUCUCUGUCACCCCGUAAGCGCACCACCAGUCAGAGCAAGACCGAGCCGCCAUUACUGCGCACAAACAACAGGACCAUCUACACGGCCGGGCGCCCGCCCUGGUACAACGAGUCUGGCACUCCGUUCAAGGAGGCAUUCGUCAUAGGACUGUGUGGCGGCAGCGCUUCCGGGAAGACCACCGUCGCCAAUAAGAUUAUUGAAGCUCUGGAUGUGCCGUGGGUGGUCCUUCUGUCCAUGGACUGUUUCUAUAAGGUCCUCAGUAAGGAGCAGCAGGAGCUGGCUGCCAGGAACGAGUACAACUUCGACCAUCCCGACGCGGUUGAUUUUGAUCUGCUGGUAAAUGUGUUGCGGAAGCUGAAGAAAGGCAAAAGUGUCAAAGUGCCGGUGUAUGACUUCACCACGCACAGCCGGAGGAAGGAGUGGAAAACUGUAUAUGGGGCCAAUGUGGUGAUAUUCGAAGGGAUUCUGGCUUUUGCCAACAAAGAGCUUCUAAAGCUGCUGGACAUGAAGGGGUUUGUGGACACAGACUCUGACAUUCGGCUGGUCCGCCGGCUGAAGCGAGAUAUCACGGAGCGCGGCCGGGAUAUAGUCGGGGUGAUCAAGCAGUAUAAUAAGUUUGUGAAGCCAUCAUUUGAGCAGUAUAUAGAGCCUACGGUGCAGCUGGCGGACAUUGUGGUGCCCAGAGGAGGUGAGAACUUCGUGGCCCUGGACCUCAUAGUGCAGCAUGUGCACAGCCAGCUGGAGAAGAGGAUGCAACGCUGGGACAUAGCGGCUUUGGCCUCUGCUCAUCAAGGACAACCUCUGCCUACCACGCUGAGUGUUCUACAGAGAACCCCCCAGGUGCGGGGAAUGCACACCAUCAUUAGGAACAAGGACACCAAUCGAGAUGAGUUCAUCUUUUACUCAAAGCGUCUCAUGCGACUUCUGAUUGAGCAUGCACUCUCCUUCCUCCCACUUAAUCUGGUGACGGUGGAGACCCCUCAGGGAACGUUGUAUCAGGGGAGAAGAUUCCAUCGUCAGCGGAUCACCGGAGUCUCCAUUCUCCGCGCCGGGGAGACCAUGGAACAGGCCCUCACUGCAGUGUGCAAAGACAUCCGCCUGGGGAAGAUCCUCAUCCAGACCAACCACAACACAGGGGAGCCAGAGCUCCACUACCUGCGGCUGCCGAAGGAGAUCAGCGAGGAUUAUGUCAUCCUAAUGGACAGUACAGUGUCAACGGGCGCUGCCGCAAUGAUGGCGAUCCGUGUUCUACUGGAUCACGAUGUCCAGGAGGAGAAGAUCUUCCUGCUGUCGUUGCUGAUGGCAGAAAUGGGCGUACACUCGGUGGCGUAUGCGUUCCCGCGAGUACGUAUCAUCACCACAGCUGUGGAUAAGCGCGUCAACCAGGAGUUCCACAUCAUCCCGGGCAUCGGUAAUUUUGGGGAUCGUUUCUUUGGCACUGACGCUCCCUCUGACUGGUGCAGCAUGGACUACUAGCCGUGCCAUGUACUGUAGUUACCCGUUACCCUGCGGGUGAGGGGAGAACUCUGCCUCCAUAUUUAUCACUCGGAUAACUCCUGGAAAUCUUGAAGCUGGAGCUGAAUUAGUGACCCGGAAACCUCCGUUAUAUAUCUGGUUUCUCUCUAUUCUACAUGGAACGCUCUAUUCUACAUGGAACUCUCUAUUCUACAUGGAACUCUCUAUUCUACAUGGAACUACUCCCUCCAAACAUCGGGCACCUGGCGAUACAGUAACAGUGUGACGGGGACAGGUCUCCGGGGAUACAGUAACAGUGUGACGGGGACAGGUCUCCAGGGAUACAGUAACAGUGUGACGGGACAGGCCUCCGGGGAUACAGUAACAGUGUGACGGGGACAGGUCUCCAGGGAUACAGUAACAGUGUGACGGGACAGGCCUCCGGGGAUACAGUAACAGUGUGACGGGGACAGGUCUCCGGGGAUACAGUAACAGUGUGACGGGAACAGGUCUCCGGGGAUACAGUAACAGUGUGACGGGGACAGUGAUACAGUAACAGUGUGACGGGGACAGGUCUUCGAGGAUACAGUAACAGUGUGACGGGGACAGGUCUCCGGGGAUACAGUAACAGUGUGACGGGGACAGUGAUACAGUAACAGUGUGACGGGGACAGGUCUCCGGGGAUACAGUAACAGUGUGACGGGGACAGGUCUCCGGGGAUACAGUAACAGUGUGACGGGGACAGUGAUACAGUAACAGUGUGACGGGGACAGGUCUCCGGGGAUACAGUAACAGUGUGACGGGGACAGGUCUCCGGGGAUACAGUAACAGUGUGACGGGGACAGUGAUACAGUAACAGUGUGACGGGGACAGGUCUUCGAGGAUACAGUAACAGUGUGACGGGGACAGGCCUCCGGGGAUACAGUAACAGUGUGACGGGAACAGGUCUCCGGGGAUACAGUAACAGUGUGACGGGAACAGGUCUCCGGGGAUACAGUAACAGUGUGACGGGGACAGUGAUACAGUAACAGUGUGACGGGGACAGGUCUUCGAGGAUACAGUAACAGUGUGACGGGGACAGGUCUCCGGGGAUACAGUAACAGUGUGACGGGGACAGGCCUCCGGGGAUACAGUAACAGUGUGAUGGGGACAGGUCUCCGGGGAUACAGUAACAGUGUGACGGGGACAGUGAUACAGUAACAGUGUGACGGGGACAGGUCUCCGGGGAUACAGUAACAGUGUGACGGGGACAGGUCUCCCGGGAUACAGUAACAAUGUGACGGGGACAGGUCUCCGGGGAUACAGUAACAGUGUGACUGGGACAGGUCUCCGGGGAUACAGUAACAGUGUGACUGGGACAGGUCUCCGGGGAUACAGUAACAGUGUGACGGGGACAGGUCUCCGGGGAUACAGUAACAGUGUGACGGGGACAGGUCUCCGGGGAUACAGUAACAGUGUGACGGGGACAGUGAUACAGUAACAGUGUGACGGGGACAGGUCUUCGAGGAUACAGUAACAGUGUGACGGGGACAGGCCUCCGGGGAUACAGUAACAGUGUGACGGGAACAGGUCUCCGGGGAUACAGUAACAGUGUGACGGGAACAGGUCUCCGGGGAUACAGUAACAGUGUGACGGGGACAGUGAUACAGUAACAGUGUGACGGGGACAGGUCUUCGAGGAUACAGUAACAGUGUGACGGGGACAGGUCUCCGGGGAUACAGUAACAGUGUGACGGGGACAGGUCUCCGGGGAUACAGUAACAGUGUGACGGGGACAGUGAUACAGUGACAUUGUGACGGGGACAGUGAUACAGUGACAUUGUGACGGGGACAGUGAUACAGUGACAGUGUGACGGGGACAGUGAUACAGUAACGGUGUGACGGGGACAGAUCUCCGGGGAUACAGUAACAGUGUGACGGGGACAGUGAUACAGUAACAGUGUGACGGGGACAGGUCUCCGGGGAUACAGUAACGGUGUGACGGGACAGGUCUCCGGGGAUAUAGUAACAGUGUGACGGGGACAGGUCUCCGGGGAUACAGUAACAGUGUGACGGGGACAGGUCUCCCGGGAUACAGUAACAAUGUGACGGGGACAGGUCUCCGGGGAUACAGUAACAGUGUGACUGGGACAGGUCUCCGGGGAUACAGUAACAGUGUGACUGGGACAGGUCUCCGGGGAUACAGUAACAGUGUGACUGGGACAGGUCUCCGGGGAUACAGUAACAGUGUGACGGGGACAGGUCUCCGGGGAUACAGUAACAGUGUGACUGGGACAGGUCUCCGGGGAUACAGUAACAGUGUGACGGGGACAGGUCUCUGGCGAUACAGUAACAAUAUGACGGGGACAGGUCUCCGGGGAUACAGUAACAAUAUGACGGGGACAGGUCUCCGGUGAUACAGUAACAGUGUGACGGGGACAGGUCUCCAGGGAAACGGUAACAGUGUGACGGGGACAGGUCUCUGGCGAUACAGUAACAAUAUGACGGGGACAGGUCUCCGGGGAAUCGGUAACAGUGUGACGGGGACAGGUCUCUGGCGAUACAGUAACAGUGUGACGGGGACAGGUCUCUGGCGAUACAGUAACAGUGUGACGGGGACAGGUCUCUGGCGAUACAGUAACAGUGUGACGGGGACAGGUCUCCGGUGAUACAGUAACAGUGUGACGGGGACAGGUCUCCGGGGAUACAGUAACAGUGUGACGGGGACAGGUCUCCAGUAAUACAGUAACAGUGUGACGGGGACAGGUCUCCGGGGAUAUAGUAACAAUGUGACGGGGACAGGUCUCCGGGGAUACAGUAACAGUGUGACGGGGACAGGUCUCUGGCGAUACAGUAACAGUGUGACGGGGACAGGUCUCCGGGGAUACAGUAACAGUGUGACGGGGACAGGUCUCCGGGGAUACAGUAACAGUGU